CAAAGUUUCGAAAAAGAGACGAAGUUGAAAGGUUUUAAAGAAAACCGACCGCUCACUUUUUGGGAAAUACAGCCACGUGGCUGCACGAAAAAUUAAGUUACACGAAAAAUUAAAUUACAACAAUGUGAUAGUCGUAUCAACACUGGUCGCUUCUCUUCAUAAAACAGCUAAGUACACACUCCAUGCUGUUUGGCAGGUACAUAUGGGAGCUUAAAUUUAAAAAGAAACCUGUUCCAAAUUUCUGAAAUGCAAGUUCCUGGUUAGCAUUUAUCAUAUUUGAGGCCAGAGCCAGCCAUCGUAACCACAAGUUAUGCAAGUUUUGCUCGUGCUGGUGGUAUUGACCUGUCAUCAGCAACAAUCUCACCAUAUCACUUGGAUAAACAGCAUCCCUAUUCAUUGGAGAAACUACCGAUUUCGGUCGAAUUCUUUCGUUUCUUUAAAUCCAUUUCGUCCUCUUGUACACUCUUGUGUGUUUGGGUGUAUUCACGAAGGCAUUCUUUUCUGCGAUUUCAGCAAUUGUGGCUGCCUAGCCGUUGAUUUCCCAGGCACGAAGAGUCGAGCCUUUUUUCUUUAUCUAGGGGAAUCCAUCUUUUUCCAUCAAUGUUUUGUAGCCGAGUGUCUCGCUCUGACUGGCUGAACGCUGUCCACGUCGUUCGGCCGCAGAUGUACGUAAGUCUCCAACAUUUCCUUUCGAUGAUUUGUUUCAGUUGUGCCAUCAACGAUUUGUCAACUUUGUUCCAGCACGGUCGGCAAAAUGAUGUGAAAUCGUUUAUUUCUUUGGCGAUUCCAAUUAAUGAUCUGAUAAGUUGAGAUAAUUAGUAGAAAAUGACAUUUUCACCAACUGCUGUUGACGGAAAAUUGGCUGACUGGUCGGGUUCAUUUGUAAUGAAUUCGUUAACCCCACGAGUUGACGUGGAAUAACUUUUUUUUAAGGGUGAGGAGAGAGGAGGAGCCGCUUUCGGAAGGAGGGAAAUGUCCGAGCAUUUGCUGUGCGUGGUAUCGUUAGAUUAUUUUUUUGUCUGUUUCUUUUAUUUUUAGUGCGGGGGGUUCAUAUUGCAAUAGAGUGAUGGUAUGUCUCUCUUUCCUCCUCUUCUAUCUCUGGCUGGUUUUUAUUUUAUUUUGGGUGACUGUUGAGAUAGAGAGAGAGAGAGACAGAAAGAGAAAAGAGACAGAGCUCCCCGCCGAGUCACUUCUCGCUGACCGUACGUACACACACACAUUGUGUACGUAUCCGUUGAGGCUCGUAUAGCUCACCAGCAUCUCAGCGGCCACUUGCAGCGCCAGGAAUGUCACCUCCCUCCUCCUCCUUUUUUCCUCUUAUUCUUCUUUUUAUUUUAACACACGGAGAAACAAAACGGACGAGCUGCCUCGGCAGCCACCUUGCCAUCUCUCACGAUUUGUACAUUUCAUUCUUCUUCUUUACACAGCCGUUUAUAAUAACUUUCUCUCCGUCGUUUGGUUUCGCCUCGUCCUAGCUGUGAGAGAGAAGCGGUUUGUUUUCAAUCAUCAAGAUAGAGACGGGACACGGAACGACGACUUGUUGUGAAUACCGAACCGAACCAACAAACCGAAAACAAGUCAAAAGUGCGUAGACUUGACUCGGUGUCAUCUUUCUUUUUCUUUUUUACCAGAGACAUUUUCGUUUCUCCCCUUUUUGUUUAUUUAUUUAUUUCUUUUUUUUUUUGUUAUUUUUGUUUUUCUUGUUUUGUUUUGGCUUGCCAAACUGCCACAACACGUUAGCGUGUCUAGAGAAGGAAAUAACAGCACACUGGCUGACAUCAUCUUUUGGUUCGUUACGCGAUAUCAAAAGGCCAAUUCUUACGUAUUAUAGGCGAGAGCGUUCGAUUCCGAGAAGAAUCACGACGAGGCUGAACACAAAAAAAGCGAUGGGAACUCUCGUGCCGCCUUGACUUUCGCCACGCUAGUUUCAUUCAUCAAUUUGGAGAGAGAAAAAAGAGCCAAAGAGAUCCUGCUUUUCCCCCGCUUUCCGAAAUAGAAUGUCACGGAUACGUACGGAACCUGUCGCGUCGUGUUUCCCAAUUAGCUUAACCGAGAAAUGAGACAAGUUCCCAGAGAAAACACAGGCGGAAGUGUUGGACCCUGCAUGUGAGAGCAUUACGCAAUGGCUGCCAUCUGGGAAACGGCAUUCGUCACCAGUUAUUGCUCUUGAAGACGAAGGCGGCUUGGCUCCCAAGUAUACAGAUUGUAAGACUUGCAUUAGUUCACAUUGACACAGCCGUGUACUUCCUCGACUUAAUGUCCUCCUCCUUUUCUUUUGUAUUGCACGCCACAAUCGCCUCAAUGGAAUCUAACCCGUCGAAUGGAUUACAAGGAUUUCUAAUGCGAUUAAGAAUGUUUGUGGGGGUGGUUGGUUUACUGAAUGAGCUAGCCGAAGGGCUGUUUACUGCGAACAAGAAUCCUCGUCCAAAUGUUUUGAGAGCAAGGAGAGAUGCGAGAGUCUCCCGGGAGGGAAGUAUAGGGAUUCACUACUUUUUAUUGUCAUUCUUUUGGGGGGGACAUUUCAUUUGUAUCUGUUGUCUCUUUUUUAUUCUUCUUCUACUGCCAGUCAGAAUAAGAUGGAAGAGAACAAGCGCGACCGGGAUUACGGACAAUGGCGCACUGGGGGGGUUUACACGGGGGGCGGGGGAGUGUGCUCUCCUCACCGUAUUUAUACACUAGUCUACCCUACACAUAGAAAAAAGAUGCUGAAGACAAAAAGAGUCCUUAAAAGAGGAUCAAUGACUUGUUUGCCACCACCCCACACCCUACAGCAGCAGCAGCCACCAACUCCUUGAUUUUAUUUUCUGGAGAGCAGCGCGCGCAUAGUGUCUGUCAAAGUCUUCCGCUCCCUCUUGAUCCUGUUCGCUGGAGCGUCGGGUAGAAAAAAGAAGAAACGACAGACAGAUAGACAGACAGGACAAAACUAUACACGCGCACAAAAAUAAAAAGGAGAGCGCCGAGUUUUUCUCGCUUGUCAAAUCCGCCUUUGACACGUCAUCCAAUCCGGGCGGCAGCUGAUGACGAACCAACGCACUGCCGCCGCCGCCGCUGGUGACGAUCGUUGAUGAACCUCACACGGCCCUUUUUCAUUUUUAUUUUUUAUUUCUGCUGUUGGUUGUUUCAUGAAUCAACCGUCCCCCUUCUAUUUCGGUGUGCUGGGGCCCAUCCGUUCAAUUGGAUGCGAAUGUGAGGUUAUAAAUAUCACCGGAUGUCACGCUGCACGGUGCGUUGAUUGUUUGCCGUCAGGCGUUAGCCUUUGAUUCACGACUCUGGUUAGUGUAAACUACACGCCUCUCUUUUGUUUUUAUUUCUUUUGCGAGUGGUGUAAACACAUGCCGCAUGCGUGUGUGCGCCCAACAUGUUUCCUGUGCGCACUACUAUUCGCCCUGGAAAGUAUUUGAACCAACACUGUUGAAUCAGAUGAAAUGAUCUUUCGGUUUUUUCGUAUUAUCUUGACGAUUUACGGUUGAAAAAUUUAUUCCGAAUGGAGAGAGAGGCGUAUCGGAGGUUGACUUUUAUUUCAUUCGCCUCUUUUCUAUAUAAAUAAAGAGACAAUCAAAACGUUGAAUGUUUUGGCCGAGCCAUAAUAACGCGCAGCUUGCGGCUGUUGGCCUCCGAAUGGCCGAUCCUUUUGAUGCGCAGUUGCACACGGCGGUUUUUUUUUCUCAUCCGGCCGAGCGGACAAUAAAGAAAAAUUGGGAACGAAAAAGGUAAAAAAAACUCGAUGGGACGUCGCGUAGCGAAUUCCAUUUCAAACUUGUUUCCAAUCAUGUCCACGUCAAUCACGAGCUGUUCAGCCAAACCGUUUUGCUGUGACAUUGACAAUGUGUACAAGCCAAUAAUAAUACAACUGAAGGAGUCGACAUGUUAUAACUCGGUCGCCUCUCUUCCCGUUGAUGGUAGGUAAAAACAUUCUUUUCUCUUCUCACUUUCUAGUUGGAUUCUAUUCCGUUGCCUUUUCACCACAAAGUCAAAACUCGACUGGAUAUAAAAAUAAAUAGGAUAAGGGUUAAUUUUUGUGACCUGGCGAAAUAUUUGGCCGCCCUCCUGGGUCUUCCAUCCUCAUUGUAGUGGAAACAAAAAAGGUAAAAAAUAGAAAUGAAAAGAUUUUCUAGGUGGAUAGCCACCACACAACAUUCAAAGUGUCCGGCCUUCAUAUUCAGCUGCUCGUCAAAAAUCAAGUCAACAUUGUUCCAUUGUUUAUAAAAAAAAAGUUUCUUGGCUAUACAACACGUAGUGUGUCGAUCUGUUCCUUUUUCCCUUUUGUGUGUAGACGUACACACAAGAGUGUCACUAUAUAUCCAAUGUAUUUUACCGCCCCCACAAUCGAAAAAGAUUGUAUAAACUUUUAUGAAAAACAAACCAUCUCGGAUUAAAUUCAUAAAGAUUUCACGUCGCUAUGCAUUAACACAGUUUUGAAGGCCCUGGCCGGAAGCGCGCUGCUUAACCUUGUAUUUUAAAAGAGAAAGGCUCAUCUUUGAUAUAGGCCCAAAUAUAGUCAGUUAAAUAUAUAUACCGACGGAUGUAAUAUGUACAUGUAGUUGACAAUGGAGUACCGUAUAUACUGUUUUAGUUUUGUUUUAAAUUCUUACUUCCAGCUGUUCCGGAAUAUUUUUUUUUUAAAGGGAAAAUGGAAGAAAAAAAAGAAAAGAAGAAGAGAUAAAAAAGGAAAAAUCAAUUCGGUGGAAUGCCGGGAAUGUGCGACGACGCGGUAGAGAGAUAGCUUCACUAUGCGUGCCGAGGAAAAGAGUGCCAGAGACGAGACGAGAAGAAGCUCCCUCCCAUUUUCUCGCCCACGAAGAGGGUCGGAUUGGCCGCAGUCGUCACUGAAGAGAGCAGCGACUCCGCCUCCGAGGGGCCAAACGGGGAGGAGUCGACUGUUUUGACACGGACCAGGCAGCAGCCAGCAAAACACCCAAAAGGCUCUGGCCAAGUCUCCAACAACUUCAGUUGAUCGCCUACUCUCGACUCGAGCGAACAAGGCAGUGCUCCAUGCUCAUCAUUCUACCCGCGCGUUCAAAUCAUCUUGACUACUGCACAGUCCUUAACUGACAGCAAAACACGCACACACGAGUGUCUUCACAAAGUGCCAACUUUAUUUCAUUUGUUAUUUCGAUUUGAUUCGAUUUUCUGCUUCGCCAAAGUGAGACAAAUGUUGCCUGUCGGAACGAUGGAAGACGAGACUUGCCGCAUCAGCCUCCACCAGCACAUUGCGGCCGCUCCGCCAGCAUCGGCCAUUCGGGCCAUCAAAGCCACAGACUUUUCCAUCGCGGCCAUCAUUGGCAGCAGCAGCAGCAGCAGCAGCAGACCGACAUUGCAUCAUCACCAUGGCGAGUAUAUCGUCAAACCCUCGUCUCCCGAAUCGGCCAACAGCAAACCCAACAACAGCAUCUUCCACUUUGAUCCGGUGAAAUCCGUUUUGCCCAAACAAGAGACGGUUCAAACUUGCAAGACGGAAGAGUCGGAAGACAUUGACAUUGAAAAAGAUGUCGACGUUGAAGAAUUCUCCGACGCUGAAAACGUUUCGGCCUCUUCGCCAUCGGCUCUGUCGUGCGAAGAUGAGCAAGAAGAGGACGAAGAGGACGAAGAUGCGAAAAGUAAAAGCAGCAGCCACGGAAACAAGAGCGGCGGCGGCGGAAAAUCAUCCGGCGGAGGCCGCAACGGUGGCAAGAAGAAAUCCCGCUCCGAACCGGUCAAUCAUCUCAUCAAGCCGCGCUGCAAUUGCGACGAGCUCACCACCGUCGAUUGCCAAUUGGAGACGAAAGAGCUGUGGGACAAGUUUCACGAAUUGGGCACCGAAAUGAUCAUCACCAAAACUGGCAGACGCAUGUUCCCAACUGUUCGAAUCACCUUCUCCGGCUCGCUGUUUGGCGAUCACCGGGACUUGGGCAGCAACGGGAGUAACCGAGUGCGCUACUACGUCCUGCUGGACGUUGUGCCGGUGGACAGCAAGCGUUACCGUUACGCUUACCACCGUUCUUCGUGGUUGGUGGCCGGCAAAGCCGACCCGCCGGCCCCGGCCCGUCUCUACACUCAUCCCGACUCGCCUUUCACUCCCGACCAACUCCGCAAGCAAGUCAUCUCCUUCGAGAAAGUCAAAUUGACCAACAACGAGAUGGACAAACAAGGACAGAUCGUGUUGAAUUCGAUGCAUCGCUACCAGCCCAGAGUUCACAUCGUCCGGCGGAUGGAAGGCGACACGACCCGUCCUAUUGUCGAUUUGGAGCGCGAACAAUUUCGCACCUACGUCUUUCCUGAAACGGUUUUCACCGCCGUGACUGCCUACCAGAACCAGUUGAUUACAAAGCUGAAGAUCGACAGCAACCCAUUCGCCAAAGGCUUCCGUGACUCUUCCAGGCUCAGCGAUUUUGAAAGUCGGGAUUCUAUGGAAGGAAUCAUGGCCGAACAUCACCAGCAGUACAUGCGUAAUAAUCCGUUGCGACUCUUUCCCGAUGCGUCGGAAAUGGAUCCGGCCUCGGCUGCGGCCGCUGCGAUGCUGACGGAAAAGGCCCGAAGCGCCUUGGGUUUACCGCCGUCGGCUUUCUGGGCCGGCAACGGCCAGUCUCAACAACAACAACAACAGCAGCAGCAGCAACAACAACAGCGCAUGAGGAAUCCUCUGGAAUCUUCGUUCCAGCCGUUCAUGAACCCAUCGGCCGCUGCCGCUACGGCCGCUGCCAUGUCUCAGUUGUACUCGCGCGGAGCUGCAGCCGCCGCCAGUGGAAUGAUUCCGCCUCCCCACUUUUGGUCGCAAUUUUAUGGUCUCAACCAUCAGCUGGGUCUACUGUCGGGCCUAGCCGGCGGAUUCCCAUCUCCCGUUGCUGCAGGACCGGAAUCGUCUUGCGGCGGAUCUCCUCCGUCACCCUCGGCCUCUUCCACCAGCCCCAACGGCUUCAGCCACCACCACCAGCAGCAGCAACAGCAUCACCAGCGAUACUCACCGUACCCGUUGAACGGCGUCAAGGGCCAGCAGCUGCGCACUCCGUCGCCGCGUGUAAACGUCACCACGUCUGUUCCUUCAUCUCCCAAAUGAAUUUGGGCAAUUGCAACGUGUUAAGCGUCUGAACUACACACACACAUUUAUCUAUUCACCAUUGUACAUAUCGAAUCCGUUGUCAACUUUAAGCGAUCCAUGUCAGAUUGUACAUAGACAUUCUAGGCGACAAAGCACGAGACCUCACAAUCUAAAUGACAUCACUUCACCUAUCCCAUUGUAACUCUUUUACACACGGCAGUAUUUGUUCCCUUCGUAAUUAGCCUAGCGCAUAUAUAUUAUCGAUGUAGCGCCUUGUGUGCUCACUCUGUGUACAGUAUACGUUGCCAAUCAUUUCUUUUGUCAUCCAACUCUUUUUCCAAACAAAUAGUAAUAAUGCUAUAAAUGUAUCGAGAGGAAAAAAAAGGAAAAGUGACGAAGACAACAACAAAAAAAAAGCACGAAAAUAAACUUUUUAUGUUCAAACAAUGAAGCAACAAAUGA